GCCAGGCUAAACUUGUCAACCAAUCGAGCAGCCUCCUCGAGAAUGUCCACAUCUCGUUCAACCACAAAGCUGCUCACCCCUUUAUCCAUGGUCUGAAAAAAAUCCUCCAUUGAAACUAGUUCCAUUAGUUCUGAAAAUGAUUCGAUAUUCCUGGCUCGCAACCAGCGCGUAAAAGACUCGCGCUUCUGCCGAGCAUACUCACGAUAUGACUCACUUUCCUUUUUCCUCUACUGUUUGAACUUACGUAGGUAAGCAUCAGGCACUAAGGCGUCAGCCGUUAGGAUUGAAGACUUUACCAGCUCAUAUUCACUCGCUUCCGCGUCAAUGAGUGCCAGGUAGGCGCGCCUGGCCAAUAAAGUGAGAUUGGACAAGUACUGUCCACCAUUAAUAUGGCCAAGAGAGCUGACGUGCAAUCCUCUCAAACGAGGAAAAGAACAAAUCUGGGUCAAGCUCAUCAAACUUAAAAACGAGCUUGCCUGCUUUAGCCAGGUCAAAACGAUUCGAGGAAUUAAACGAAGCAGUGGUUAGUGAAGAGGUGUUAGCAUUACAGUAUGUUAGGCUAGCAUCCGCUUGAGCCUUGAAGGCUAUAGUCUUAGCUUCCUUCAGCUUUACUUGAGUUUCCAGCAGCUGUUUCUGUUCUGCGAAAGACAAGAUUAGAGUACUUACAUCAGUGUCGCUUGUCUUCUCCUGACCAGCACGGAGCGGAGUCUCAAGCUGGAAAGAAACCCGCGGGGAAGUCGAUGGAGGUUCACCACUGUGUUUCUGCCCAGUAGCUUCUGCAUUCUUUUCGUCACAGUCCUCUGCGUCACUUUCUUCCUCAAACACAUCCGCGAUUUCGCUCUGCGACGGUUGGCGAUUUUGAAAAUAUCCGAAAUCAGAAUAAACGCUCGACAUCGUAGCGACGUCAUUGCGAUUAGUCGCAAUAGUCGCCCGAUAAAGUUCGCGCGACUUACGGGUGCCGGCCCGUCGCGCGCGAUUAAGCGAGAGGCCAUCGCAGUAUGCGCUCGCAUACCCUUGUCAAACGCAAGGGGUCGCGGUGUAUGCGCGCAUAUAUGCAAGCUACUUUGUACGUAGUGCGUAUGGCAGUGACGCUGCAUCGGAAAGCGAGAUGGCAGCGAGCGAGCGGGAGGGUGUGAAAAACCGUUGGCGACAAUGGCGAGCGAUCCACCAGUCACUGUAGUCAGUACGCUCACACUCACACCGUCCUGCCACAUGCCGCUACACUGCCCGCCUGCUGCUGCCCGCUGCCUGCCUGCCUGCCUGCCUGCCUUCCUGCCUGCCCUUCACCCGCCAUUACACCAUGCCGAAUGACACUAACAAGGCGGCGAAGAAGUCAAGGCACACCCCUCCGCCCAAAGACACAAAGCCCCAAGACACUCUGCCCCCAGCCACUCAUCCUCCAGCCACUCAGCCCCCAGCCACUCAGCCCCCAGCCACUCAGCCCCAAGCCACUCAACCCCAAGACACUCAGCCCUCAGACACUCGGCCCCAGACACUCAGCCCGCAGACAAUCAGCCCCCAGACACUCAGCCCCAAGACACUCAGCCCCAAGACACUCAGCCCCAAGACACUCAGCACCAAAACACUCAGCCCCAAGCCACUCAGCCCCAAGACACUCAGCCUCCAGACACUCAGCACCCAGACACUCAGCACCCAGACACUCAGCCCCAAGACACUCAGCCGCAAGACACUCAACCCCCAGCCACUCAGCCAAAAGACACUCAGCCCCCAGACACUCAGCCCCAAGACACUCAGCCGCAAGACACUCAACCCCCAGCCACUCAGCCAAAAGACACUCAGCCCCCAGACACUCAGCCCCAAGACACUCAGCGCUCAAACACUCAGCCCCAAGACACUCAGCCCCAAGCCACUCAGCCCCAAGCCACUCAGCCCCAAGACACUCAGCACCCAGACACUCAGCCCCAAGACAAUCAGCCCCAAGACAAUCAGCCCCCACACACUCAGCCCAAAGACACUCAGCCCCAAGACACUCAGCCCCAAGACAUUCAGCCCCCAAGACACUCAGCCACCAGACACUCAGCCCCAAGCAUCUCAGCCACCAGACACUCAGCCCCCAGACACUCAGCACCCAGACAAUCAGCCCCAAGACACUCAGCCCCAAGACACUCAGCCCCAAGACACUCAGCCCCAAGACACUCAGCCCCAAGACACUCAGCCCCAAGACACUCAGCCCCAAGACACUCAGCCCCCAGACACUCAGCCCCAAGACACUCAGCCCAAGACACUCAGCCCCAAGACACUCAGCCCCAAGACACUCAGCCCCAAGACACUCAGCCCCAAGACACUCUCAACCCCAAGCCACUCAGCCCCCAGACACUCAGCCCGCAGACACUCAGCCCCCAGACACUCAGCCCCAAGACACUCAGCCCCAAGACACUCAGCCCCAAGACACUCAGCACCAAAACACUCAGCCCCAAGCCACUCAGCCCCAAGCCACUCAGCCUCCAGACACUCAGCACCCAGACACUCAGCCCCAAGACACUCACCACUCAGCCCCCAGACACUCAGCCCCCAGACACUCAGCCCCCAGGCACUGAGCAUCAAGACACUCAGCCCCCUGACACUCAACCCCAAGCCACUCAGCCCCAAGACACUCAGCCUCCAGAGACUCAGCACCCAGACACUCAGCACCCAGACACUCAGCCGCAAGACACUCAACCCCCACCCCCAGACACUCAGCCCUCAGACACUCAGCCCUCAUAUAAUCAGCCCCCAGAUACUCAGCCCCCAAACACUCAGCCCCAAGACACGCAGCCUCAAGACACUCAGCCCCCAGACACUCAUCCUCCAAACACUCAGCCCCCAGAGACUCAGCCCUCAGCCACACAGCCCCCAGAAACUCAGUCCCAAGACACUCAGCCUCCAAACACUCAGCCCCACGACACUCAGCCCCAAGACACUCAGCUCCCAGACACUCAGCCCUCAGACACUCAGCCCUCAGACAAUCAGCCCCCAGACACUCAGCCCCCAAACACUCAGCGACAAGACACGCAGCCUCAAGACAUACAGCCCCCAGACACUCAGCCCUCAAACACUCAGCCCACAGAGACUCAUCCCUCAGCCACUCAGCCCCCAGACACUCAGUCCCCAGACACUCAGCCUCCAAACACUCAGACCCACGACACUCAGCCCAAAGACACUCAGCCUAAAACCACUCAACACUCAGCCCCCAAACACUCAGCCCCAAGACGUGCAGCCUCAGGACAUUCAGCCCUCAGCCACUCAGCCCCCAGACACUCAGUCUCCAGACACUCAGCCUCCAAACAUUCAGCCCCCAGAGACUCAGCCCUCAGCCACUCAGCCCUCAGACACUCAGUCUCAAGACACUCAGCCUCCAAACACUCAGCCCCACGACACUCAGCCCCAAGAUACUCAGCUCCCAGACACUCAGCCCUCAGACACUCAGCCCUCAGUCAAUCAGCCCCCAUACACUCAGCCCCCAAACACUCAGCGACAAGACACGCAGCCUCAAGACAUACAGCCCCCAGACACUCAGACCCCAAACACUCGGCCCACAGAGACUCAUCCCUCAGCCACUCAGCCCCCAGACACUCAGUCCCCAGACACUCAGCCUCCAAACACUCAGACCCACGACACUCAGUCCAAAGACACUCAGCUCCCAGUCACUCAGCCCCCAGACACUCAGCCCAUAGACACUCAACCCCCAGACAACACUCAGCCCCCAGCAACUCAGCCCCCAGCCACUCAGCUCCCAAACACUCAACCGCAGUACAAUCAGCCGCAAGACAAUCAGCCCCAAGACACUCAGCCCCCAGACACUCAGCCCCCAGCCACUGACCACUCAGCUCCCAGACACUCAGCCCGCAGACACUCAGGCCCCAGACACUCAGCCCCAAGACACUCAGCCCCAAGACACUCAGCCCCAAGACACUCAGCACCAAAACACUCAGCCCCAAGCCACUCAGCCCCAAGCCACUCAGCCUCCAGACACUCAGCACCCAGACACUCAGCCCCAAGACACUCAGCCGCAAGACACUCAACCCCCAGCCACUCAGCCAAAAGACACUCAGCCCCCAGACACUCAGCCCCAAGACACUCAUCGCUCAAACACUCAGCCCCAAGACACUCAGCCCCAAGCCACUCAGCCCCAAGCCACUCAGCCCCCAGACACUCAGCACCCAGACACUCAGCCCCAAGACACUCAGCCCCAAGACAAUCAGCCCCCACACACUCAGCCCAAAGACACUCAGCCCAAAGACACUCAGCCCCAAGACAUUCAGCCCCCAAGACACUCAGCCUCCAGACACUCAGCCCCAAGCAUCUCAGCCACCAGACCCCAAGACAUUCAGCCCCAAGACACUCAGCCCCAAGACACUUAGGCCCCAGACACUCAGCCCCAAGACACUCAGCCCCAAGACACUCAGCCCCCAGACACUCAGCCCCCAGACACUCAGCCCCCAAGACACUCAGCCCCCAGACACUAAGCCCCAAGAAACUCAGCCCCCAGACACUCAGCCCCCAGACACUCAGCACCCAGACACUCAGCCCCAAGACACUUAGCCCUAAGACACUCAGCCCCCGGACACCCAGAACCAAGACACUCACCCCUCAGACACUCACCCCCAGACACUCAGCCCCCAAACACUCAACCCUAGUACAAUCAGCCGCAAGACAAUCAGCCCCAAGAAACUCAGCCCGCAGACACUCAGCCCCCAGCCACUGA